UAUUCCUUAUUAGCAGAGACUCAUUCAUAGUGUGUAAUAUUGAAUCGGUGAAAAUGGAGAACACGGCCAUCCUGAAAGUGUGGUUCGAGCGAGUCGACUCGGAGAAAACUGGAAGCAUCACUGCUACUCAGCUCAAGAGUGCUCUAGCAGUUGGUAACCUUCAAUUUCCUCUGUCUAUUGUCCAACAAAUGAUCAGGAUGUAUGAUUUUGAUAAGAAUGGAACUAUGAGCUUUGAAGAAUUUGUUGCCCUUAAUAAGUUCCUUCUAAAGGUUCAACAUGUCUUCUCAGAUUUAGAGAGAGGCCGCGGGUAUCUUCUUCCCGAUGAUGUAUAUGAGGGAGUGGCAAAAAUUGGUUUUGCACUGGACUCUCCGGCAUUUUACACAGUCUGUGAGAGCUUUGACCAAAAGAAGAACGGAAGAUUUCGUCUGGAUGACUUCAUAUCUCUCUGUAUCUUCUUACAAUCUGCUCGGAAUCUUUUCAAUUCGUUCGAUACGGCUAAGCAAGGAAGAAUCACUCUUGAUCUGAACCAGUUUGUUUAUUGCACUGCCAAUUGUAGAAUAUGAGGCCAACCCUGAAGCUAUGAAGUUUGUUCAUCUGUGUUGAUAUAACAAUAAUAAAGAUUUGUAAAGUGUACCAACUCGUGUGUAUAGAUCUUAUAUAUGGGCAGACAAAAGCUCUAUUGAGAUUCAUAUUUGCUGCCCAUAGAUUCUUACAGGGUAUUAAUUUCAGGUUUAAUUACUAAAAAGCCCUGGAGGUUAAAUCAGAAUUAUUAGUAUGUCCUUUUGUUUGACGAUUGAAUUAAUUAGUACCUGAAUUCUAUUUUUGUUAGAAUAAAACGUGAAUUUGUUCCUUGAA